AGUAACAGUAGUGUCCUACAAGUGUUAGAAUGAGAUCUCUUUAGACAUCUCUUUAGAAAUGAGAGUGAAAAGAUUUUGUGCUCUGAUUACAAUUUUGGUGCUUUUUGAAUACAUUUCAUUUGCAAAAUGCGCAAAUAUACUAUCGAUGUUUCCAUCGCCGAGUAAAAGUCACGAUGUCUUGGGUUAUGCUCUUUCGAAACAUCUCUCGACAAUUGGACACAAUGUAACAUAUAUUUCUGCGUAUUCCCAUAAAAGUACCGAGACGUUUCAUUGUAUUCAUCUCGAAGAAAUUAUUAAAAUUAAAGAAAAUAUGCAAAAAUAUAUGAACAAUAAUGCCACGGUUUUCAAUAUAAUUGAACAAAUUAACUCAAUAAUCGAUAUAGCUUCAAUGAUUUUGAACGAUUCAGACAUACAAGAUUUAAUUAAAUCAAACUCAUCCUUUGAUGUUCUUAUACACUUUCUUGGUAUGGAUUCAUCAAUGAUUUUGGCCCAUCAUUUUAAAAUUCCGAUAAUAGUAUUUUCACCAAUAACUGCAAUAAACACACACACUCGUAUGGUAGGAAAUCCAAGUCCUCCAUCUUACAUACCAACGGUAAUGACACCGUACAAAGAAGACAUGAGCUUUUUCCAACGCGUCAAGAACACUGUACUUCCUUUCGUGGGAUUCAAUUUAAUAGAAAUGGCAUUUAAUCAUGUAGGAAAUAAAGCAAUUCAACAUCAUUUUCCGGGUUAUCCAUCGAUUGAAGAAAUUAAAGAUCGCGUUGAUUUAAUUUUGGUAAAUUCACAUUUAAGUACAGAAACUCCACGACCUUACGUACCGAACAUGAUACAAAUCGGCGGAUUUCACUUACAAAAACCAGAGCCAUUAAAAGAAGAUCUAAAACAGAUAUUAGAUGAUGCUAAAGAAGGAUUUGUUUAUUUCAGUCUUGGAACAAAUGUUAGAGUUAGUGAUAUUCCAAGCGAUGGUUUAGAUGUGAUUAAAAAGUGCUUGGGUAAACUUCCUUUUAAAAUUAUUUUUAAAUUCGAUGAAGAUGAAAUAGCCGACGCGCCCAAAAAUUUUUACGUUCGAAAAUGGUUUCCACAACCAGCCGUUUUAUCUCACCCUAACAUCAAAUUAUUUAUUAGCCAUGGUGGUUAUGGUGGAAUGACGGAGUCACUGUUUUACGGUAUACCAGUGGUUUGUAUUCCCUUUUUUGGCGAUCAACAACAAAAUUGUGUUGAUGCUGAACAUAACGGUUAUUCCGUAACUGUUAAUGUUCAAAGUUUGGAGGAGAAAUCGUUUUCUGAUUACCUAGAAAAAGUGUUAUACGAUAAAAAAUUUAUACAAGCUAUUAAAUUUAAGUCUGAUUUGUAUAGAGAUCAGCCUAUGAAUCCAAUGGAUAAAGCUGUAUAUUGGAUUGAACAUGUUAUUAAACAUAAAGGGGCUAAACAUUUAAGGGUUAAAGGAAUUGAUUUACCUUGGUAUCAAUACUAUUUGUUGGAUGUCUUUUUGUUUAUUGGAUUAGUUAUUAUUAUUGUUUUAAGUUUUGUUUAUUAUAGUUUGAAAUAUUGUUGUAAAUAUAUUUGUUAUUGCUCAAAAAAGAGAAAAGUUAAAACUAAUUAAAGAAUAUAUUUCAAAAUUACAAUUAAUGAAUACUACAAUUAGUAGGUUGUAAAUUAUUCGAGAGUGGGUGAAUAAAUUUGUGAAACAGGUAAUAUAGAAUUGUAAUUAAAGAAAAUGUUAGUGAUAACAAAUAUAUAAGAGUAGAUAUAAGUAAAGAAGUCGUGAUCAUUUUAAUCAUAUCAUCUAAAAAUAUGAUUAAGAUGAUCAGGAUAUUCUCAUUAUAUCAAGACAAUUAAAGGAAUGUAUCAAAUUAUGAGAAGAUUGGAGAUAGUAAGUAAUAUAUAUCUUUCAUAAAAUCA